GUGGGCGUGGCCGCUGGCUGGCUCUGAGUUCGGUCUCGGACUGGGAGACUAUAACCCCCGAGCAGCCGGCGGGGCAGGAGUGACGUCACCCAGGUGGAGGGCAGUGACGUCACGCACCGGCGGAACACGUCAUACCGUGACGUCAGACUGGCUUCAGCUCUGAUUAAAGAACCAAUCAGGAGAUAAGGAGGCGUGACGUCAUAUCCCAGUAACAGCCGUGACGUCAGACCGUCCCCCCCCCCAGUGACCCACGUGGCAUCGCCCAACCGGCUGCAGCCACAAUGGGAAUCCCCCCCCUCCCCCUCCUCCUCCAACUCAGCCUCAGCCUCCUCCUCCCAGUGGGAGCCCUGCACCCAGGUAAGGACUGCAACUCCCAGCAUCCUCACACACACCCAACAUAGGGACUGCAACUCCCAUCAUCCUCACACACAACCAACAUAGGGACUGCAACUCCCAUCAUCCUCACACACACCCAACAUAGGGACUGCAACUCCCAUCAUCCUCACACACCCAGCAUAGGGACUGCAACUCCCAUCAUCCUCACACACCAAGCAUAGGGACUGCAACUCCCAUCAUCCAUGCACACACCCAGCAUCAUCAUCAUAAGGACUGCAACUCCCAUCAUCCCAGCAUCAUAGGGACGGCAACUCCCAUCAUCCAGACACUAACACCCAGCAUCAUCAUAGGGACUGCAACUCCCAUCAUCCAGGCACACACCCAGCAUCAUCAUAGGGACUGCAACGCCCAUCAUCCAGACACACAUCAUAGGGACUGCAACUCCCAUCAUCCUCACACCAACAUCAUAGGGACUGCAACUCCCAUCAUCCAGACACACACCCAGCAUCAUAGGGACUGUAACUCCCACCAUCCCGACACACACAUCAUAGGGACUGCAACUCCCACCAUCCCGACACACACAUCAUAGGGACUGCAACUCCCACUAUCCCGACACACACAUCAUAGGGACUGCAACUCCCACCAUCCUGACACACAUCAUAGGGACUGCAACUCCUAUCAUCCCCACAGCCAUCAUAGGGACUGCGACUCCCAUCAUCCCCACUGCCAUCAUAGGGACUACGACUCCCAGCAUCCUGACAUCCAUCAUAGGGACUACGACUCCCAGCAUCCUGACAUCCAUCAUAGGGACUACGACUCCCAUCAUCCUGACAUCCAUCAUAGGGACUGCAACUCCCAUCAUCCACAGGGAGAGACUACUGACAUCCAUCAUAGGGGCUGCAACUCCCAUCAUCCCCAGAUAGAGACAGCUGGCACCCAUCAUAGGGACGACUACUGACAUCCAUCAUAGGGACUGCAACUCCUAUCAUCCCCAGGGAGAGACUGCUGACAUCCAUCAUAGGGACUGCAACUCCCAUCAUCACCAGGGAGAGACUACUGACAUCCAUCAUAGGGACUGCAACUCCCAGCAUCCCCAGGGAGACUACUGACCUACAUCAUGGGUACUGCAACUCCCAUCGUCAACAGGGAGACUACUGACAUCAUAGGGAAUACAACUCCCAUCAUCCCCAGAUAGAGACAGCUGGCACCCAUCAUAGGGACGACUACUGACAUCCAUCAUAGGGACUGCAACUCCUAUCAUCCCCAGGGAGACUACUGACCUACAUCAUGGGUACUGCAACUCCCAGCAUCCCCAGAGAGAGACUACUGACAUCAUAGGGACAGCAACUCCCAUCAUCCCCAAGGAGAGACUACUGACAUCCAUCAUAGGGACUACAACUCCCAUCGUCAACAGGGAGACUACUGACAUCAUAGGGAAUACAACUCCCAUCAUCCACAGGGAGAUGGCUGACAUCCAUCAUAGGGACUACAACUCCCAUCAUCAACAGAGACUACUGACCGACAUCAUAGGGAAUCCAACUCCCAUUAUCACCAGGGGGAAACUAGUGACAUAAUAGAGACUACAACUCCCAUCAUCAUUAAGGGAUACAGCUGGGAUCAUAGGGACUAUAACUCCUAUCAUGAUGGCCGUGGCACACAGGAUGUGAAUGGGUUAUCUGAGUUUACAUAUUUACUUCCUUGCGGUGUAUGGUGUGUGUGUGUGUAUACAUAGUAUAUAUAGCGGUGUAUAGUGUGUACUAUGUAUUUACAUAGUGUGUAUAUAUAACGGUGUAUAGUGUGUGUGUGUACAUAGUAUAUAUAACGGUGUAUAGUGUGUGUGUGUACAUAGUAUAUAUAACGGUGUAUAGUGUGUGUGUGUGUGUACAUAGUAUAUAUAACGGUGUAUAGUGUGUGUGUGUACAUAGUAUAUAUAACGGUGUAUAGUGUGUGUGUACAUAGUAUAUAUAACGGUGUAUAGUGUGUGUGUACAUAGUAUAUAUAACGGUGUAUAGUGUGUGUGUGUGUACAUAGUAUAUAUAACGGUGUAUAGUGUGUGUGUACAUAGUAUAUAUAAUGGGGUAUAGUGUGUGUGUGUGUGUGUGUGUACAUAGUAUAUAUAACGGUGUAUAGUGUGUGUGUACACAUAGUAUAUAUAACGGUGUAUAGUGUGUGUGUGUGUGUGUGUGUGUGUGUGUACAUAGUAUAUAUAACGGUGUAUAGUGUGUACAUAGUAUAUAGGUGUAUAGUGUGUGUGUACAUAGUAUAUAUAACGGUGUAUAGUGUGUGUACAUAGUAUAUAUAACGGUGUAUAGUGUGUGUACAUAGUAUAUAUAACGGUGUAUAGUGUGUGUGUACAUAGUAUAUAUAAUGGGGUAUAGUGUGUGUACACAUAGUAUAUAUAACGGUGUAUAGUGUGUACAUAGUAUAUAUAGCAGUGUAUAGUGUGUGUGUGUGUGUGUACAUAGUAUAUAUAACGGUGUAUAGUGUGUACAUAGUAUAUAUAAUGGUGUAUAGUGUGUGUGUACAUAGUAUAUAUAACGGUGUAUAGUGUGUGUGUGUACAUAGUAUAUAUAACGGUGUAUAGUGUGUGUACAUAGUAUAUAUAACGGUGUAUAGUGUGUGUGUACACAGUAUAUAUAACGGUGUAUAGUGUGUGUGUGUACAUAGUAUAUAUAACGGUGUAUAGUGUGUGUGUACAUAGUAUAUAUAACGGUGUAUAGUGUGUGUGUACAUAGUAUAUAUAACGGUGUAUAGUGUGUGUGUACAUAGUAUAUAUAACGGUGUAUAGUGUGUGUGUGUGUACAUAGUAUAUAUAACGGUGUAUAGUGUGUAAAUAUAGUAUAUAUAACGUAUAGUGUGUGUGUACAUAUAUAAGUAUAUGUAACGUGUAUAGUGUGUGUGUGUACAUAGUAUAUAUAACGUAUAGUGUGUGUGUGUACAUAGUAUAUAUAACGGUGUAUAGUGUGUGUACAUAGUAUAUAUAACGGUGUAUAGUGUGUGUACAUAGUAUAUAUAACGGUGUAUAGUGUGUGUGUACAUAGUAUAUAUAAUGGGGUAUAGUGUGUGUACACAUAGUAUAUAUAACGGUGUAUAGUGUGUACAUAGUAUAUAUAGCAGUGUAUAGUGUGUGUGUGUGUGUGUACAUAGUAUAUAUAACGGUGUAUAGUGUGUACAUAGUAUAUAUAAUGGUGUAUAGUGUGUGUGUACAUAGUAUAUAUAACGGUGUAUAGUGUGUGUGUGUACAUAGUAUAUAUAACGGUGUAUAGUGUGUGUACAUAGUAUAUAUAACGGUGUAUAGUGUGUGUGUACAUAGUAUAUAUAACGGUGUAUAGUGUGUGUGUGUGUGUACAUAGUAUAUAUAGCGGUGUAUAGUCUGUAUACAUAGUGUAUAUAUAAAGGUGUAUAGUGUGUACUAUGUAUUUACAUAGGGUGUAUAGUGUGUGUAUAUAUAAAGGUGCAACAAAGUUCACGCCUUGCUAGCCAGUCCACUCCAAUAGGUGGAAAGAAUGGGGUGUGAGAAGCAAUACAGGGCUAUAUGGUCAAACGGUGGUGUCAGCUCCACCAAGGGCUUGUACCCUGAUUCAUGUGAUAAACUAAAUACCCAUGCCUUAUCUGUGCAAAUCCCUAGUGAAACCAGUGAAAUAAAAUGCAAUAGAACAUGCUACACGCAAGCUUCCAGCAAUGGGAUUAUUCUUAUCUUUACAUUAACUAUUUGAUGGGGUUUAAUAUAGUGUCCCUUUUUAUGUCAAUUAAGGAUUUAAUAAAGGUUUUUUGUUUGUGAAUAAGGACACUUUAUGGCAGUUUUGGAAUUAUAUGUUAAAUGCUCCCUUCCCUUCAUCCCCCUUUCAAUAGCUUUGCAUACUAGCUAGUCUAUUUAUGUACUGUUUUUUUCAUUUGUUGUCCAUUUUAUAUUUUUUGUCAGCACUUUCUGAUCUCCCUAGCUGGAGAUUACCUUUAUUAUUUUUCAGUUUAUAUAUAAAGGUACAUAGUGUGUAUAUAUAAAGGUGUAUAGUGUGUGUACACAUAGUGUGUAUAUAUAAAGGUGUAUAGUGUGUGUGUAUAUAUAUAUAUAUAUAAAGGUGUAUAGUGUGUGUACACAUAGUGUGUAAUAUAUAAAGGUGUAUGGUGUGUGUACAGAUAGUGUGUGUAUAUAUAAAGGUGGAUAGUGUGUGUACACAGUGUAUAUAUAAAGGUUUAUAGUGUGUGUACACAGUGGAUAUAUAAAGGUGUAUAGUGUGUGUACACAUAGUGUGUAUAGUGUGUGUGUAUAUAUAAAGGUGUAUAGUGUGUGUACACAUAGUGUGUAUAUAUAAAGGUGUAUAGUGUGUGUAUAUAUAAAGGUGUAUAGUGUGUGUACACAUAGUGUGUGUAUAUAUAAAGGUGUAUAGUGUGUGUACACAUAGUGUAUAUAUAAGGGUGUAUAGUGUGUGUACACAUAGUGUAUAUAUAAGGGUGUAUAGUGUGUGUACACAUAGUGUGUAUAUAUAAGGGUGUAUAGUGUGUGUACACAUAGUGUGUAUAUAUAAGGGUGUAUAGUGUGUGUGUACACAUAGUGUAUAUAUAACGGUGUAUAGUGUGUGUGUACACAUAGUGUAUAUAUAACGGUGUAUAGUGUGUGUGUACACAUAGUGUAUAUAUAACGGUGUAUAGUGUGUGUACACAUAGUGUAUAUAUAAAGGUGUAUAGUGUGUGUGUACAUAGUAUAUAUAACGGUGUAUAGUGUGUGUACACAUUGUAUAUAUAACGGUGUAUAGUGUGUGUACACAUAGUAUAUAUAACGGUGUAUAGUGUGUGUACACAUAGUAUAUAUAACGGUGUAUAGUGUGUGUGUACAUAGUAUAUAUAAUGGGGUAUAGUGUGUGUGUGUGUGUGUGUGUGUACAUAGUAUAUAUAACGGUGUAUAGUGUGUGUGUACACAUAGUAUAUAUAACGGUGUAUAGUGUGUGUGUGUGUGUGUGUGUGUGUGUGUGUGUGUACAUAGUAUAUAUAACGGUGUAUAGUGUGUACAUAGUAUAUAUAGCAGUGUAUAGUGUGUGUGUGUGUGUGUACAUAGUAUAUAUAACGGUGUAUAGUGUGUACAUAGUAUAUAUAAUGGUGUAUAGUGUGUGUGUACAUAGUAUAUAUAACGGUGUAUAGUGUGUGUGUGUACAUAGUAUAUAUAACGGUGUAUAGUGUGUGUACAUAGUAUAUAUAACGGUGUAUAGUGUGUGUGUACAUAGUAUAUAUAACGGUGUAUAGUGUGUGUGUGUACAUAGUAUAUAUAACGGUGUAUGUGUGUGUGUACAUAGUAUAUAUAACGGUGUAUAGUGUGUGUGUGUGUACACAGUAUAUAUAGUAUACAUAUAUACGGUGUAUAGUGUGUGUGUGUGUGUGUGUACAUAGUAUAUAUAACGGUGUAUAGUGUGUGUGUGUGUACAUAGUAUAUAUAACGGUGUAUAGUGUGUGUGUGUGUGUGUGUACAUAGUAUAUAUAACGGUGUAUAGUGUGUGUGUGUGUGUGUGUACAUAGUAUAUAUAACGGUGUAUAGCGUGUGUGUACAUAUAAAGGUGUAUUGUGUGGCUGAAUGAUAUUAGUUGAAUUUUUCCUGGAAGCCGUGGAAAGCGAGGAAGUAACAGAAUUAUUCCGUCAGUAUUCCGUCAGUAUUCCGUCAGUAUUCCCAAUGUUUCCAUUCAUUCCGGAUUCAUGACAUCCCGUGUAGCUGACAGUUACAUUGAUUGAUUUAUUGGGCUGCCUUACUGCUUUCUGUGGGUUUUUUUUUUUCUAUAAUAAUUCUACAAAAACAUUUACAUCUUUCUCAUUAUGACUAAGAAACAUUGUUCCAUUUUUGGGGCGAUUUUAGUUUUCAUCCAAAAUGUGGAUGUCAUUAACUCUUUGACCUCCCAGAGAGGGCCGAAGUGAGGAGUCCUAUAUUAACCUUGGUUUUGUGAUUCGGAUUUACUUUUCGUACAGUUUGUCGUUUAGAGAAUAUCCUCAUGGAGUGGGAAGGUUUCUUAGCCAGAUGUUCUGAACGUCACUCCGCUCAGUGUUUAGCGUUUAGGGACAGUUGUGUUGGUUUUGAAAUAGAAAAAUGUUUAAAAAAACGAAUGAAAGAAGGAAAUUUUUGAAAAGAUGGAAAUGAGUGAAAGUAUUUCAGAGAAACGUUUGAUAUCUAUUUAUAUUCACUAUAUUGUGUAUCUAUAAAAUACCACCGUCUCAUUCACUGAUCAGCCACAACAUUAAACCCACUGACAGGUGAAGGGAAUAACAUUGAUUAUAUUGUUACAAUGGCUCCUGUCAAAGGUUGGGAUAUAUUAGGCAGCAAGUGAACAGCCACUUCUUGUAUUUCAUGUGUUGGAAGCAGGAAAAAUGGCCAAGUGGAAAGAUCCGAGUGAUUUUGGCAAGGGCCGAAUAGUGAUGACUAGAGACUGGGUCAGAGCAUGUCCUAAACAGCAAGUCUUUCUGGGGAGUUCCGAGUGGUUCGUACCUACCAGGUCAGGGCACGGAACUAGGAGGGAAAGGGUUACUUAUAUACAAUUUACCUACCGUUGAAGCAACCUACAAUCUUGUGGUUUGAAUGUGAUCAGAUAGUGCAUUAACCAACUGAGCUAUCUCACCAGCAGAAUCAUCAAACAUUCCCAAGUGUCUGUGUUCCCAGUUGUGUUUUGUGUACAAAUGAUACAAACGUUUUCUGCCUUAGAAUUCCGAUUUUUAUGUCCCAAAACUGUACGGCUGUAUUACAGUGUUACAUUCCUUCACCCAUUAACACAGGGCUCGUUUUUGGAGAUCAGAGGGUACACAGGUGUGCAGAGGGGAAAUACAAUUGACAAACACAGGACUCUGCAAAUAAAUGGUCCAUAAAAUAGACCAAGCCUAAGGGCGAUAAUGACUUCACACUAACCUGAAAGAGACGGUUACAGUGUUAAAACAUUUCCCUAAAGCCUUUUAACACCCAGAGACAAAACAGCUGGAGACCACCCUAAGAAAUGCAUGUCGGGGGGGUUUAACAGGUCCCAACGAUACCUAGGAGGUUUCCAUACCAGGCAGGGAACGAGGAUCUAGUAAACCCGUAACUAACCGAAUUAAAGGCACUAACCAUUCACAACUGGCAAAAUAAUAUUAUAAUGAACAGAGUAAGAAUAAAAAGGUCACAAUAUGGAAAUUAAACUCUCUCGUUCCUUUUUGUACCUUAACAAACAAAAAACAAUCGUAUUCUAGUGAUAAAUAGUAAACGUGCUCACAGUAAAUGUCACUUUCAAUAAUAAGUGUGUUAAACAAACCCAUUACUGUGUAUUUUAUGGUCCAUGUGCCAGCCAGCAUUUAUUAAUAUAUUAGUGGCAUUAUAAAAUGAACACAUUGCAAUUUGAUUAAUAAAUAACUGUUAGUGGUUAAAGGAAAAAUGAGUAACUAUUAAAAUCCAUUUUUUUCGUAUAGGUUAUUAAUUCUAGCGGUUUCUAUACUCUGAAUCCCAUCACAGCCUCUCUACCUCCAUAAUAGAUUAAAGGGACAGAGUUUUGGGGGUGUCUUACCUAAUUUGGCAUCAGCAACAGGUUGAAGAAUGUUCCUUUAAGCCAAAACAAUUUUUUUUGUAUUUGGCUACUAUAACCCAAAAUGGUCAAAUCCUUUGACAAAUUUUCAGUUUAGUUUGACAAUCCCUAGUUUAGUGAGAAAGGCACUAAUCUAUUAUUUUAUUAUUAUUAUUAUUAUUAUUAUUGUAAUAAGAAGCAUGCACAUAGACACACAUUAGUAGAACUUGUACAGACAUCACGCCCCGAGCAUUGGAAGGGAAGUUACAUUCACUGGAGUCCGGGUUGGGGGAUUUAAUACACAGUGAAUGGGGGGGAGUUGACCUAAAAUAGAAUUGGAACCAAAAAAAGGAAUGUUGGGAUUUAGUUGAAACGUGUUUGAUGACUAACGCACUCGCUGUUUGGUGAAUGGACCCCAGGCGGUUCAUUUGGUGCAGUGUGACUGUGACCGUGUGCAUGACUCACCGCCUGCCACCAAUCCCUCGCUGUCAGUCACUGAAUCUGGGACAUUGCAGGUGACGCACAGAUCGCUCCCCUGUGGAAACACAAAUCACACAUUUCACAGAGUCACGGUUGGCUGUGAUCUCAGCCGCUCCUGGUGCAGACGCAAUACAUCUCUCCCCGGCAACCGCACAAUCUCCCAGGGCCAACAGUCCGCAAUUCAAUGUCAGUUUUAAUGUUUACGCCAAAAUGACUGAAUUGCAAACAUUUGCCAGCUAUGUCCCCAGCUGUGUCUAUUUUGACACAAUAUUUGAAAUUCACUUGGAAUCCAUUUUGAAUUGCUGGCAGUUCACAGGGGAUAAUCCUGUUCUGGAGCGCCUGGUAACUGCAAGCAGUCAGUGAAUCUGUAAAUGAGGGGGAACCUUUACUGUCAGAGGGUAGUUUUUUGUUUUUUCCCCUUCAGUUUUGAGAAUCCUAAAGCUCUCCUGCGAGUGGGGAGGGGACAGCAUAGACGAUGUGUCAUCACUGCUGCAGGGAAGAUGUCACAGACCUGCUGAGGGUGAUGUGAGUGGUGUUCAUAAGACUGCCUCGAGCGAAACAGUGCUUUACGCUGCUCUCUAUCAGCUCUCAUAAAGUCAAUGUAGUACGCCAGUUAGCGUUUCACAUGACACUUGAGAAACUUAUAAACUACAAUUCCCAUGAUGCUGAGCCAGCUUUCAGGUAGAUCUGCAGCGCUAUGUUUAAAAUGUUAGUUGCGUGGUGUUGGAUUAUUUCGAAAUAAUAAUAACAAAGUACUUAACCAGGAAAGGUACAUUCAGAUUGCUCUGGUUUAGUCCAACAUCCAGGGGUUGUUACGAUUACCCAAUUUAAUGGUAACUCCGCUGAACAGUGUUUUAAAACUGGCAACAUUCUCCAAAGUCAUUUUGUCAGCUCUACGACUGUGACAUAAAAUUAUUUUGUCAAUUCUCUCCAAUUCCCCGAUAAGUGAAUACGACCGGAAUGUUUUACGCUCCUUGGAGAUGAGCGCCGGCGGUCAGGUUUAUACAGGUCGGAGUGAUUGUGAACACAGUGAUUCAAAUCAGCGCUAUAUCCCUAAAGCAUUUUAAUCUCCCUCGUCAGAUGGGAAUAAAUGUACCUGUAUCUAUUAACCCUGUACGCUCCAAAUACACUUUAUACAGGAAGGAGCAAUACUGUAUCCAACAGGUUAAUAGGUUAAACUUUAACUUAUUAAAAUACAAUGAGACAUACAGGUAUUUAAAUCCCACCCCUGCACCUGUCUGUGGGGCCAGUAACUGACAUAGGCACAUGAUCCAGCAUUUUGGAGGUUAAUCAGAUAUGUACAGAAUAAUCAGAGGAAUUCCUAAAGGUUUAUCAAAGGAGCACACCUGGCACCAUAACCACUGCAGCAAGCCACCAACACAGGAGAGCCUGAAGUUCCUAAGAAGAAACCCUUCUGAACGGAGCCAUAUCCGGCAAGGCUUGGCUCACCGGCUGAGAGCAAUCAGAUAAUGUGGACUCCAAGUUAGAAGUCAAUCUGUUCCAAAAUGGGGGGGUGCCAGGGCACUCCAAGCACCAUAAUCACUAUGGCGAGAUGUAGUGGUUAUGGUGCCUGUAGUGUUACUUAAAUCUAAAGUUCCCAAGCUGUGACUAUCGCCCAAUUUGAUAAAUUUUCCAAAUCGGCUGCUUUGGCCUUAAUUUUAGGAUUGUUUUAAGUUCACUGCAAUUCACUCUGUGUAGCAUUGGGUGUGACUUUUCAACAGUUCACAAAUUAGUUAGUAGCCCUGUGCAUCCAUUAAACCUAGACUUAGAGGACUAUGAAGAAAGGGCCGAAAUACGGCGUACACAGAUACAGAACAGCCACUCACAUGAUUCUGAGCCAGCAGCUCAAAAGAGUUCAGAGAAGGGCUACUAAACUGGUUCAUGGAUUGCGGGAUAAAACUUACCAGGAAAGGUUAAAGGAUCUUAACAUGUAUAGCUUGGAGGAAAGACGAGACAGGGGGAUAUGAUAGAAACAUUUAAAUAUAUAAAGGGAAUCAACACAGUAAAGGAGGAGACUAUAUUUAAAAGAAGAAAAACUACCACAACAAGAGGACAUAGUCUUAAAGGACCACUAUAGUGCCAGGAAAACAUACUCGUUUUCCUGGCACUAUAGUGCCCUGAGGGUGCCCCCACCCUCAGGAACCCCCUCCCGCCCGGCUCUGGAAAGGGGAAAAGGGGUAAAACUUACCUUUUUCCAGCGCUGGGCGGGGAGCUCUCCUCCUUCUCUCCUCCUCCGAUCCGCCCCGUCGGCUGAAUGCGCACGCGCGGCAAGAGCUGCGUGCGCAUUCAGCCGGUCGCAUAGGAAAGCAUUUACAAUGCUUUCCUAUGGACGCUGGCGUGCUUUCACUGUGAAAAUCACAGUGAGAAGCACGCAAGCGCCUCUAGUGGCUGUCAAUGAGACAGCCACUAGAGGAUUAGGGGGAAGGCUUAACCCAUUCAUAAACAUAGCAGUUUCUCUGAAACUGCUAUGUUUAUAAAAAAAUGGGUUAACCCUAAAAGGACCUGGCACCCAGACCACUUCAUUAAGCUGAAGUGGUCUGGGUGCCUAGAGUGGUCCUUUAAAUUAGAGGGACAAAGGUUUAAAAAUAAUAUCAGGAAGUAUUACUUUACUGAGAGGGUAGUGGAUGCAUGAAAUAGCCUUCCAGCUGAAGUGGUAGAGGUUAACACAGUAAAGGAGUUUAAGCAUGCGUGGGAAAGGCAUAAGGCUAUCCUAACUAUAAGAUAAGGCCAGGGACUAAUGAAAGUAUUUAGAAAAUUGGGCAGACUAGAUGGGCCGAAUGGUUUUUCUUCUUUUAAAUAUAGUCUCCUCCUUUACUGUGUUGAUUCCCUUUUAUAUAUUUAAAUGUUACUAUCAUAUCCCCCCUGUCUCGCCUUUCCUCCAAGCUAUACAUGUUAAGAUCCUUUAACCUUUCCUGGUAAGUUUUAUCCCGCAAUCCAUGAACCAGUUUAGUAGCCCUUCUCUGAACCAUAUCCUCUGAACCGUAUCAAUAUCCUUCUGAAGAUACGGUCUCCAGUACUGUGUACAAUACUCCAAGUGAGGUCUCACCAGUGUUCUGUACAAUGGCAUGAGCACUUCCCUCUUUCUCCUGCUAAUACCUCUCCCUAUACAACCAAGCAUUCUGCUAGCAUUUCCUGCUGCUCUAUUACAUUGUCUGCCUACCUUUAAGUCAUACCAUUUAUUUAUAUACUGGGUAAUUGUAGAAUAAUGUGUGCACCAUGACAUGAAGUUGCAGAUUUUAUUCCAAAGUAGCCGAGUUACAGAAACUGUUUAGUUGGAGACGUUUGUCCAGUUCGGCUCUUGGCCUAAUGUGUUCCUUCCGUUUAGUUAUUCCUAGUCAUUUCGUUCUGAACUCCAUUGUAGCUGUAAGGAAUGCGUACUGAGGUUUCUGUUUUGUUAUUCAGUUUUCCCUGAAAGACCAGCAGCGUCUCUGCCUGAACCUGUCACAAUUGUUCGGAUUAUCGCAGCUCCCGGCCACGAGCUAUACGUGUUGCCACAAGGAACGUGUCUUCCUUCCCCCACGCCCUGCCCCACGGGCUGAUUUUCCAUCGUCUAUUGUAUUUGAAAAGUGGUUGUCCCACCCCGCCGCGAUCCCUGGUGCGCUAACAUGAGAAGGAACGGGGUAUAUUUACAAAACGGUAAAUUGUAGCUAAGAAAAGCCAAGAUGGGAUUAUGACACCGUUUUAUUUAUUUUUUAAAUUGUUUCUUUUGAACAAGUUUUUUUUCUACAAACCAGCACAAUUCACUGUUUAGUAAAUAGUUCCCCAAAUCAUUCACACACCGCUAGGUUAGCGCUCUGGGCGUACAUAUUCUCUGGCAUUCCAACUGUAACAUACUGAAACUCCCACCAUGCAUAACUUGUUUUAUGAUCUGACUGAGAAUAAUGGGAGUUGCCUUCGUCAACAAAGUGAAUGCCAGAGCUUGCCAAUCUGUUUAGGGUUAGAAUGAAGAGAGAACAUGUAUAGCAGGGUAGCCUGGCCUUGGCUUGCGACUUAUUGUUGCACUACAGUUCCCAUAAUUCUCUGCCAGCAAUAUGUCCAUGUAUCAAGUGUUUACACCCAAUAUAUUUUAUAAAAUGUUUCCAUAUAUGACAUAACAGAAAAAAGAAGAAGAAGUGAUCCUAGGGCAGAACGUCCAAGGUACACAGGAUAUUUCAGAGUAUCUGUUACAAAUUAAAACCAUAUUUAUUAUAACUCUUAGAAUACAUAAAAACUAACAAAAAAGAUACCAUUUAUGUAAGUUCUAAGGGGAGAAAUGAAGCUCAUUAAAGGGGAGGACAGACAGGGAAGCAGGUAGGGUAGCUAGGUACAGUGAGAAAACUCCUAUAUAGCGUGAAGGAUCCUAUGUAUAGAUUCUAGUAGUUAGUUCUACAGAAUAGGAUUCAAUCAGAGAAUUCACUGAUACACAAGCCACAUAGCAGUUUCAGAGAAAGUGCUAUGUUUAUGAAUGGGUUAAGCCUUCCCCCUAAUCCUCUAGUGGCUGUAUCAUUGACAGCCACUAGAGGCGCUUGCGUGCUUUUCACUGUGAUUUUCACAGUGAGAGCACGCCAGCGUCCAUAGGAAAGCAUUAUGAAUGCUUUCCUAUGUGACUGGCUGAAUGCGCGCGCAGCUCUUGCCGGCCAUGCGCAUUCAGCCGACGGGGAGGAGAAGAGGAGGAUCGGAGGAGGAGAGCUCCCCGCCCAGCCCUGGAAAAAGGUAAGUUUUUCCCCCUUUCCCCCUUCCAGAGCCGGGAGGGGGACCCUGAGGGUGGGGACACACUCAGGGCACUAUAGUGCCAGGAAAACGAGUAUGUUUUCCUGGCACUAUAGUGGUCCUUUAAUAAAUCCUGACAGUCCUUACUAAAUAUUGUCUUUAUAAUGUGGGGGUCAUUCUCUAACUAUGUCACAUAGACAACCGAAGAGCAAAAUGUCAAAUUAAAAACUGUCAGAAUUGGAGAAUUCUUCAUAUUCUGCUAAUUUGACCUAAAAUGGCAAUUUUAUUUCAGUGACCCCCAUAAUUUACUGUGACCCCCCCAAACUGAAUCUGACAAAACUCCAAAGCUGAUAUCUAGAUGUGGACUAUACGCUCUGCGUCUAACGAGUUAAAGAUUAUUGCUGUUUAAUUAAAACUGGUUUCCUUCAGUGAAGCUGAAUUGAUGCCAGUCUCUGCAAAAAGGUGGAUUCAAAAAAUAUUCAGCUGAAUCUACGCAUUUCCAUCGAGCAGUGAUGGCUGAUUUGGCACCUGGAAUAAUUCUGAACUACUUAUCAAUCUGUGCUCAGCCAGCCUUAAGCACAAAUUCCUAACCCUCUACUGUCCCUCGUUAGACAGGACCUGUAAAAGAUUUUUACUUACCUCUCCUCCUCCUGCGACGUCACAGAUGAGGCAUUGCCUCAUAGAGCAUUGGGGACCUGAUGUGCAUAGCAGUGGUUAUGGUGUCUCCCUGAGUAAGUAGGGAAAGGGAAAUACAGAUUGAGUUAUACACUAUGGAGAGAGAUCUUUAGAUUGUGCGCUUCUGUGGGCAGGGCCGUCUCCAUCUACUGCUCCUGUAUGCACAUCAUGUUCUGAAUUAAACGUUUGCCUUAUUAACCUAUUGUACAGCGCUGCAGAAUAUGUUACCGCUAUAUAAAUAAUUGUAAUAAGAAAACAUUUAAAUCCAAUACUCGCUAACCGCAUCUGGUGUGAAACUCAGAGACGGCCAAUGGGAAGCCGUGUUAUAGAGGGUAUGUUUAUGACCAAUGAAGUGUGUGACUGCCUUUCCCAUGAUGCUUAGCCAGCCAUUAUUGCUAGACAAUACUUCGUCCAGUGUAUAUAACUACCAGAGGGUUAAAUCACACCUCGCAGGUGACGCAGGAUCCUCGCCAUUCCUGUCCGAGCUGCCGGGAGGGAAAGCCGCUCACGGUCACUCUCAUCCCCUCCCUGGCUGAAGUGAGGAAAAAUGAAUUCAUAAAUCAUGAUGUUCAUUGCGUGGAAAUGCCAACCGAACAACGGGGUAAAAUCCCUGAGCUGGUUUAAUUAUAUAAUUUAUACCCCGGCUGUGAAGUAGACGUAUUAUAUACAGACAGUUUACAGAUUGCUUAAUAAUAUUUAUUAACCUCGACCCACCCAUCUGUAACACGCGUUAGAAAGACUUAAAAUGAUUGUAAAUCAGGCAGUCAGGGAGAGGCAGGUAGGUGCCUGCAGGUAAGUGUUCGAUAUCCCCAUUUGGGGGUUAGGCAGGUUCCCCUGAAUGAAAGACUUACCCCAUCAACGCUUUUCAGUGCAAAGUGAGAAUUAUCGGAAAUUUCACAUUUAAGGCCAAAGUAGCAGAAAUAGUUGGCAACUUCAACUAUUUUGGCCUGAAAUGUAAAAUUCACCUUAAAAUCCCAUCAAUUAUCACUUUAGUUAAUAACCCUGUGUGUAUUUUUUGUUUUGUUUCUAAUUUUGCUUUUUUACAUGAGGUAGAUGGGCGGGGCUAAUUCUCAGUGUGAAUGUGCAGAUUCUCCAUAAAUACACAGAUUCUCAGGGUACCAGUGUGAAUGGGCAGAUUCUCCAUAAAUACACAGAUUCUCAGGGUACCAGUGUGAAUGGGCAGAUUCUCCAUAAAUACACAGAUUCUCAGGGUACCAGUGUGAAUGGGUAGAUUCUCCAUAAAUACACAGAUUCUCAGGGUACCAGUGUGAAUGGGUAGAUUCUCAGUAAAUACACAGAUUCUUGGGGUACCAGUGUGAAUGAGCAGAUUCUCCAUAAAUACACAGAUUUUCGGGGUACCUGUAUGAGUGUGCAGAUUCUCCGUAAAUACACAGAUUCUCAGGGUACCAGUGUGAAUGCGUAGAUUCUCAGUAAAUACACAGAUUCUCAGGGUACCAGUGUGAAUGGGUAGAUUCUCAGUAAAUACACAGAUUCUCAGGGUACCAGUGGGAAUGGGUAGAUUCUCAGUAAAUACACAGAUUCUCAGGGUACCAGUGUGAAUGGGUAGAUUCUCAGUAAAUACACAGAUUCUUGGGGUACCAGUGUGAAUGAGCAGAUUCUCCAUAAAUACACAUUCUCAGGGUACCAGUGUGAAUGGGCAGAUUCUCAGUAAAUACACAGAUUCUCAGGGUACCAGUGUGAAUGGGCAGAUUCUCAGUAAAUACACAGAUUCUAAUGGUACCAGUGUGAAUGGGUAGAUUCUCAGUAAAUACACAGAUUCUCCAUAAAUACACAGAUUUUCGGGGUACCUAUAUGAGUGUGCAGAUUCUCCAUAAAUACAGAUUCUCAGGGUACCAGUGUGAAUGGGCAGAUUCUCAGUAAAUACACAGAUUCUCAGGGUACCAGUGUGAAUGGACACAUUCUCAGUAAAUACACAGAUUCUAAUGGUACCAGUGCGAAUGGGUAGAUUCUCAGUAAUUACACAGAUUCUGAGGGUACCAGUGUGAAUGGAAAGAUUCUCAGUAAAUACACAGAUUGUCAGGGUUCCAGUGUGAAUGGGUAGAUUCUCAGUAAAUACACAGAUUCUCAGGGUUCCAGUGUGAAUGGGUAGAUUCUCCAUAAAUACACAGAUUCUCAGGGUACCAGUGUGAAUGGGUAGAUUCUCAGUAAAUACACAGAUUCUCAGGGUACCAGUGGAAAUGGGUAGUUUACCAGUAAAUACACAGAUUCUCAGGGUACCAGUGGGAAUGGGUAGAUUCUCAGUAAAUACACAGAUUCUCAGGGUACCAGUGGGAAUGGGUAGAUUCUCAGUAAAUACACAGAUUCUCAGGGUACCAGUGGGAAUGGGUAGAUUCUCAGUAAAUACACAGAUUCUCAGGGUACCAGUGUGAAUGAGCAGAUUUUCCAUAAAUACACAGAUUCUCAGGGUACCAGUGGGAAUGGGUAGAUUCUCAGUAAAUACACAGAUUUUCGGGGUACCUGUAUGAGUGUGCAGAUUCUCCGUAAAUACACAGAUUCUCAGGGUACCAGUGUGAAUGCGUAGAUUCUCAGUAAAUACACAGAUUCUCAGGGUACCAGUGUGAAUGGGUAGAUUCUCAGUAAAUACACAGAUUCUCCAUAAAUACACAGAUUUUCGGGGUACCUAUAUGAGUGUGCAGAUUCUCCAUAAAUACACAUUCUCAGGGUACCAGUUUGAAUGGGCAGAUUCUCAGUAAAUACACAGAUUCUCAGGGUACCAGUGUGAAUGGACACAUUCUCAGUAAAUACACAGAUUCUAAUGGUACCAGUGUGAAUGGGUAGAUUCUCAGUAAUUACACAGAUUUUCAGUAAAUACACAGAUUCUCAGGGUACCAGUGUGAAUGGGUAGAUUCUCAGUAAAUACACAGAUUCUCAGGGUACCAGUGUGAAUGAGCAGAUUUUCCAUAAAUACACAGAUUCUCAGGGUACCAGUGGGAAUGGGUAGAUUCUCCGUAAAUACACAGAUUUUCGGGGUACCUAUAUGAGUGUGCAGAUUCUCAGUAAAUACACAGAUUCUCAGGGUACCAGUGUGAAUGGGUAGAUUCUCCAUAAAUACACAGAUUUUCGGGGUACCUAUAUGAGUGUGCAGAUUCUCCAUAAAUACACAUUCUCAGGGUACCAGUUUGAAUGGGCAGAUUCUCAGUAAAUACACAGAUUCUCAGGGUACCAGUGUGAAUGGACACAUUCUCAGUAAAUACACAGAUUCUAAUGGUACCAGUGUGAAUGGGUAGAUUCUCAGUAAUUACACAGAUUUUCAGUAAAUACACAGAUUCUCAGUGUACCAGUGUGAAUGGGUAGAUUCUCAGUAAAUACACAGAUUCUCCAUAACUACACAGAUUUUCUGGGUUCCUAUAUGAGUGUGCAGAUUCUCCAUAAAUACAGAUUCUCAGGGUACCAGUGUGAAUGGGCAGAUUCUCAGUAAAUACACAGAUUCUCAGGGUACCAGUGUGAAUGGACACAUUCUCAGUAAAUACACAGAUUCUAAUGGUACCAGUGCGAAUGGGUAGAUUCUCAGUAAUUACACAGAUUCUCAGUAAAUACACAGAUUCUCAGGGUACCAGUGUGAAUGGGCAGAUUCUCAGUAAAUACACAGAUUCUAAUGGUACCAGUGUGAAUGGGUAGAUUCUCAGUAAUUACACAGAUUUUCAGUAAAUACACAGAUUCUCAGGGUACCAGUGGGAAUUCUCAGUAAAUACACAGAUUCUCCAUAAAUACACAGAUUUUCGGGGUACCUGUAUGAGUGUGCAGAUUCUCCGUAAAUACACAGAUUCUCAGGAUACCAGUGUGAAUGGGUAGAUUCUCAGUAAAUACACAGAUUCUCAGGGUACCAGUGUGAAUGGGUAGAUUCUCAGCAAAUACACAGAUUCUCCAUAAAUACACAGAUUUUCGGGGUACUUAUAUGAGUGUGCAGAUUCUCCAUAAAUACACAGAUUCUCAGGGUACCAGUGUGAAUGGACACAUUCUCAGUAAAUACACAGAUUCUAAUGGUACCAGUGCGAAUGGGUAGAUUCUCAGUAAUUAUACAGAUUCUUAGUAAAUACACAGAUUCUCAGGGUACCAGUGUGAAUGGGUAGAUUCUCAGUAAAUACACAGAUUCUCAGGGUACCAGUGUGAAUGGGUAGAUUCUCAAUAAAUACACAGAUUCUCAGGGUUCCAGUGUGAAUGGGUAGAUUCUCAGUAAAUACACAGAUUCUCAGGGUUCCAGUGUGAAUGGGUAGAUUCUCCAUAAAUACACAGAUUCUCAGGGUACCAGUGUGAAUGGGUAGAUUCUCAGUAAAUACACAGAUUCUCAGGGUACCAGUGUGAAUGGGUAGAUUCUCAGUAAAUACACAGAUUCUCAGGGUACCAGUGUGAAUGGGCACAUUAUUGGAGUCUCAACGUGAAUGAGCAAAGUCUCAGAUUGGCCAGAUUCUUGAUGCAUGCGCAGAUUCUCAGGGUGAAUGGGCAGAUUCUCACAACUUUACAGUCUGGAAAUAAUUCUGUUACAGUUUCCACUGACCGUAAAGGAGUUUCCAUAAAGGAUAUCAUUAAUAAACUAGGACUGGUACUAAAAUCACAUUGUUAUUACAAUGUAAUUUCAGUGCUGGGCUAUUGAAGAGUUAAUUAAAUUCCAUAAAGAAUUUGAGGCUCAUUUUAAAAGCUCCUAGCCAGUAAUUUGUCCCAAUUUCUUGAGGUCAUUUCGGACGAGUCUAAGGCCAGAGCUGACCUCCUCGUAGGAUGAAAGGCUCAUGAAUCAGGCAUUUUAUAAGCGUUUUAUUUUAUAAGCAUUUCUCUGUUUUUCUUCUACACUCAAAUCCCCUGAGGAGGGACGGAGGAUUAGAUUUAAAAAGUCUGGAUGGAGAGAGGCCUGUUUUCACAUGAGAGAGUAUUUUUUGAUUUGUCCCGCGAUUCCCAUUUGUCUGUCAGCUUAGCAAAUAUUUAUAACAUCCCCGGGUGUCUGCGUCAGCUCAGAGCUUCACAGAUAUUCCAAAUAGGGCCUGCUUUCUGACCGAGACUCUCUGACAAUCCUCACGUCACUGGGAGCACAGGCCGGCUCUCGUUCUGAGAAUUAGCACGAGCCUCUGACUCACAUGGCCCAAUGGAGCGUUCGUCUGGGCUUCGUGAGAGCAUCAAACACAAGCUGCUGCUUAGAAUCGCGCCGUUGCAAAGGCGUUAAUUUAUCUUGAGGUUCGCGCAGGAGAUGGUGAAAAUCUCAGUUUUAAGUAGCGACUUUUAUUGCAUCAAUUUUCACAGAAAGAGCCCACAGACAGACACCCUUCUAAAACCUUUUCACACUUUGGAUUUUUAUAGCCUGCGCAAAUUGAUGUAUUUAUUGGGCUUCCGGCAAUCCAGCCUGGGGGUUAUUCACUGAGCUGAGUAUUGGGCAGAAUUAACCAGAGACGUGCCAGUUUGUCUGUGGAUUCUGCUCCUGCAGUAUUAUCUGUGGGAGUCUUGUAUAAAAAGAAUAUGAUGAUGUGCCACAUUCUUAUUUACAAAUCUCAUACCCUAACCUUUAUACAUGAUGCCUUAAUUUAGGGAACUGAAGAUUUCCUGCUACUCAACCGCGCAGGGAAUAGCGGAGAAAAUCUGACGGAAACACAGGAGCAGUGACUUAUUUAAUUGCGUGGUUUAUUUUUAUUUUUUUAACAUAGCGAACGUCAUACUUGCGAUGUGAAAAAUAAUUGAGGAAAGGUGUGGGAAGAAGAGCCAAGUGGAGAAUUCUGAUGCAGACGGGAACACGGCUAGAAACCGCCUUGGCACGUUUUAUUAAAACUGUCAGGACAAGCUCUGCAUAUUGUCUGCACAUGGUUAAUAAAAUGGGUUCCAUUAAAGGGACACGAAACUCCUAAAUACUAAAAAGAAAUAACUAUUUAGGAGAUGUACCCCAAUGAAAACAUGCGUGCAUUUAAUUAUGCAUUUUCUUACCCAAUGAGGGUAUAAAAACAGCUUGCAGACGCUGCAGAACUCUUGUCUGCUUCCUUUGCAAGCCCUCCCCUUCUAACCCCGCCCAGACUUUCUGUGGCUGUCCAAUCAAAGGCUUCCCAAUGAAACUCAAUGAGAAGUCUUUGCAAGGCAGGUGCUCUGGGCAAUUGUUGCCUCUUGAGUUUAUCUCCACUGAGCUAACCAAACCAGGAAGUAAUAGGACCAGCUGUCUGAUUGACAGCCAGGGGGUGUAACAAGGUUCAUUUAUAAAACUGCUGAUUUCUAAUGAUGCACUUUUUCAAAAAUGAAAAAAGAGACACACUCUACACAUAUAAAGCCCUCCAGCAAGCUAAAAGGGUCCAUUUCAUCUUGUUAAUGAUAUCUAGAAUAAUCCAGGAUGGUGACAAGUGAAAUGUGCCUUCCUUUCCUGGUUAAAUCCUUUCAUUUUACUAGUUGGCUUUGCGAAUGUUUGUUUUACUUGUCAGGUUCAGUAAAUGUUCCCCGACGCUUGUGCAGUUUCCAGAGAAAAAGAUUAUUAUUAAACAAUGUGACGAAACCGCACGUUAUUAAACACCGAAUUACGAAUUGUCAUAAUCUGAUAAAUACUAAUUAAUCUGGUACCGGAUUAUAACCUGCCUUCCCUGUUAUAAAGUAUAUCAAGUACUGUUCCACCGGAAUGGAUGGAAAGUUAUCCGGAAAUUGGGUUUGAAUAGUAUUUGGGGCAUAAGUCGUUAUUUGUGAAACUGGAAUAUUUUAAAUGUAAAAUUUUCUUCAUUAAAUCCACCUUUUCCUUUGUGUCUGGUGUAAUGACGGCAAAUGAUCAGAAAAUAUUAAUAAACUAUUUGGGGGGGUUUGUUGUCUGUCUAUGUCCUCCCCCCUCCCCCCCCGUUCCUAGUCACCCCAAUGUCUGACCCCACUGUGCCCUUGGAAUUUAAUUGAUAUCAUGUUUUUAUAAAUCGUUCAUUAUCGAGGAUUCCCAGCAGAGUUUGAUAUAUAAUUUAUUAAUGUUUUAUUAAUUUUAGCCGUCAUAUAGCGCAUUCUCUGUGACAUUGUAGUUGUAUUAUAUAUGUGUUAGAAGGGUUUAUAUCUGUUUUCUGGUCCCAGAUUUCGGUAGAUGUACUGUCUGCGUGUCGAGGGAUCUGGUUACCAUCAAGCUAAAAUACUGGAAAAUUAAAAUGGUUAUAUAUAUAUAUAGUGUUAGUGUGAUGCAAGAAGUCAUCGGAAAACACCCCCAGACCUUGUAAACCCACCACAAAGAUUAUCAUUACUGGAAUCUCUGGUUAUUGCCCCUCGCUGUAAUACCCUGCUCUGGUUAUUGCCCUUCGCCGUGAUACCCCGCUCUGGUUAUUGCCCCUCGCUGUAAUACCCUGAUCUGGCUAUUGCCACUCGCUGUGAUACCCCGCUCUGGUUAUUGCCCCUCGCUGUAAUACCCUGCUCUGGCUAUUGCCACUCGCUGUGAUACCCCGCUCUGGUUAUUGCCCCUCGCUGUGAUACCCCGCUCUGGUUAUUGCCCCUCGCUGUGAUACCCCGCUCUGGUUAUUGCCCUCGCUGUAAUACCCUGCUCUGGAUAUUGCCCCUCACUGUAAUACCCGCUCUGGUUAUUGCCCCUCGCCGUGAUACCCCGCUCUGGUUAUUGCCCCUCGCCGUGAUACCCCGCUCUGGUUAUUGCCCCUCGCUGUAAUACCCUGCUCUGGUUAUUGCCCCUCGCUGUGAUACGAUGCCUGUAAUACCCCGCUCUGGUUAUUGCCCCUUGCCGUGAUACCCCGCUCUGGUUAUUGCCCCUCGCUGUAAUACAAUGCCUGUAAUACCCCGCUCUGGUUAUUGCCACUCGCUGUGAUACCCCGCUCUGGUUAUUGCCCCUCGCUGCAAUACCCCGCUCUGACUAUUGCCCCUCACUGUGAUACCCCGCUCAUGUUUUUGCCCCUUGCUGUAAUACCCCGUUCUGGUUAUUACCCCUCGCUGUAAUAUCGUGUCUGUAAUACCCCGCUCUGGUUUUUGCCCCUCGCUGUAAUACCCCGCUCUGGUUAUUGCCCCUCGCUGUAAUACCACGCUCUGGUUAUUGCCCCUCACUGUGAUACCCUGCUCUGGCUAUUGCCCCUUACUGUAAUACCACGCUCUGGUUAUUGCCCCUCACUGUGAUACCCUGCUCUGGCUAUUGCCCCUUACUGUAAUACCCGCUCUGGUUAUUGCCCCUCGCCGUGAUACCCCGCUCUGGUUAUUGCCCCUUGCUGUAAUAUGAUGGCUGUAAUACCCCGCUCUGGAUAUUGCCCCUUCGCUGUGAUACCCCAUCUGUAAUAACCCGCUCUGGUUAUUGCCCCUCGCUGUGAUACGAUGCCUGUAAUACCCUGCUCUGGUUAUUGCCCCUUACUGUAAUACCCCACUCUGGUUAUUGCCCCUUGCUGUAAUACCGUGUCUGUAAUACUCCGCUCUGGUUAUUGCCCCUCGCUGUAAUAUCGUGUCUGUAAUACCCCGCUCUGGUUAUUGCCCCUCGCUGUAAUAUCGUGUCUGUAAUACCCCGCUCUGGUUAUUGCCCCUCGCUGUAAUAUCGUGUCUGUAAUACCCUGCUCUGGUUAUUGCCCCUCGCUGUAAUAUCGUGUCUGUAAUACCCCGCUCUGGUUAUUGCCCCUCGCUGUAAUAUCGUGUCUGUAAUACCCCGCUCUGGGUAUUGCCCCUCGCUGUAAUAUUGAAGUUUGAAAGCGUUGCAGUGUGUUUGCGGUGAUGGGGCCGGGACCUGAAUUCCUGUUUACUCUGCAGUUUAGUUAUGAAUGAGGCUUUGAGAGACUGUGUGCUUAUUAUUAACCAUUUAUCUACCAGGGACCGGCAGGGCUGUGCUUAUUAUUAACCAUUUAUCUACCAGGGACCGUCAGGGCUGUGCUUAUUAUUAACCAUUUAUCUACCAGGGACCGUCAGGGCUGUGCUUAUUAUUAACCAUUUAUCUACCAGGGACCGGCAGGGCUGUGCUUAUUAUUAACCAUUUAUCUACCAGGGACCGUCAGGGCUGUGCUUAUUAUUAACCAUUUAUCUACCAGGGACCAGUAGGGCUGUGCUUAUUAUUAACCAUUUAUCUACCAGGGACCGUCAGGGCUGUGCUUAUUAUUAACCAUUUAUCUACCAGGGACCGUCAGGGCUGUGCUUAUUACUAACCAUUUAUCUACCAGGGACCGACAGGGCUGUGCUUAUUAUUAACCAUUUAUCUACCAGGGACCGUCAGGGCUGUGCUUAUUAUUAACCAUUUAUCUACCAGGGACCGUCAAGGCUGUGCUUAUUAUUAACCAUUUAUCUACCAGGGGACCGUCAGGGCUGUGCUUAUUAUUAACCAUUUAUCUACAGGGACCGACAGGCUGUGCUUAUUAUUAACCAUUUAUCUACCAGGGACCGUCAGGGCUGUGCUUAUUAUUAACCAUUUAUCUACCAGGGACCGGCAGGGCUGUGCUUAUUAUUAACCAUUUAUCUACCAGGGACCGCAGGGCUGUGCUUAUUAUUAACCAUUUAUCUACCAGGGACCCAGGGCUGUGCUUAUUAUUAACCAUUUAUCUACCAGGGACCGCAGGGCUGUGCUUAUUAUUAACCAUUUAUCUACCAGGGACCGUCAGGGCUGUGCUUAUUAUUAACCAUUUAUCUACCAGGGACCGUCAAGGCUGUGCUUAUUAUUAACCAUUUAUCUACCAGGGACCGUCAGGGCUGUGCUUAUUAUUAACCAUUUAUCUACCAGGGACCGUCAGGGCUGUGCUUAUUAUUAACCAUUUAUCUACCAGGGACCGGAAGGGCUGUGCUUAUUAUUAACCAUUUAUCUACCAGGGACCGUCAGGGCUGUGCUUAUUAUUAACCAUUUAUCUACCAGGGACCGGCAGGGCUGUGCUUAUUAUUAACCAUUUAUCUACCAGGGACCGGCAGGGCUGUGCUUAUUAUUAACCAUUUAUCUACCAGGGACCGGCAGGGCUGUGCUUAUUAUUAACCAUUUAUCUACCAGGGACCGGCAAGGCUGUGCUUAUUAUUAACCAUUUAUCUACCAGGGACCGGCAAGGCUGUGCUUAUUAUUAACCAUUUAUCUACCAGGGACCGUCAGGGCUGUGCUUAUUAUUAACCAUUUAUCUACCAGGGACCAGUAGGGCUGUGCUUAUUAUUUACCAUUUAUCUACCAGGGACCAGUAGGGCUGUGCUUAUUAUUUACCAUUUAUCUACCAGGGACCGUCAGGGCUGUACUUAUUAUUAACCAUUUAUCUACCAGGGACCGGCAGGGCUGUGCUUAUUAUUAACCCUUUAUCUACCGGGCACCGGCAGGGCUCUCAGCUUAUUAUUAACUGUUUACCUACCAGGGACCCACAGGAUGUUUGAUCCGUAAAGAGAAUUACUCAUAGAAAUGCUUUGCAUUCACUGUUUGAACCGCAGCCCAUUUUGCAGAGUGUGAGACACCGUGUGAAUGUUUAAAGCCUUUUCUUUAUUGUGUAUUUCUGUUUAUUUACAGUAGUCAAUGGGCAGCUCUCCAGCUGUUGCAGAACUGUAUUUCCCAUGAUGCUUUGCUAUCCUGUACACAAUUCAAAGUAAAUUUAAAAUUUAAAGGAACACUAUCAUUUAUAUUCCUAACACUAAAGUGCUCCUCCUCCUCUCACCCCCGUUAAUUAACCCUUUCUCUCACUCACCUUAUCCCAGUUCGGUGCUGGCUCCGUCUCAGCUUCCUCCAACGCCAGCCUAGAGGGGGAUCCUGAUGCGGACAUUAGGCCCUUCCCAUAGGAAAGCAUUAAAUCAAUGCUUUCCUAUGGGGGAUAUUGAGGACGCUGGACACCCUCAUGCACAACGUUAGGACGUCUACCAUCGUUUCCCAUAGUUAAACUACGUGAAACAGCAGGAAGCGCUUCUAGUGGCUGUCUGGUAGUUUCUCUAAAACUGCUGUGAUUUACAUUGCAGUAUUACAGGAACAGAGACAUGCUCCCAGACCAGAACAAUGAGAUGAAGUGGUCUUGGUGCCUACACUGUCCCUUUAAGGCCAAAAUGGCCGAACAGAAAGCCUAGCUGACUUAGAGAAUUUACCAGUUUGGCUAAUUUAACCGUCAUUUGAAAUUCUUGUUGAAUUCUCAUUUUAAUGAAAAACUGUGUAAGACUCCAAGAAGUUGCCCUCUCACCAUGAGAAUCUUCUCAUUGACACAGAGACCCCAGGAAAUUGUUAGUAAUCCUCAGAUACAAUGACUCACCUUUUAUGCUCCCAAUGUUGCAGACGACAUAUCCUUCAUAGCUCUGCUAGCAAGUUAAUAUUAAUCACCACACAUGAUCUAAGUACCUGCCUUCUACAAUACCCACCUCCCCCCAGUAUCAAUGUGUUAAUGGCUCUGUUAUGUUUUGUACAGCGCCACGUAACAUGUUGGUGCUAUGGAAAUACAAAUGGAAAUAAUAAAGACCAUAUACAAUGCAAUUUUAUUAAGCGCCAUCUAGUGUCCGAUUACCAUAUUGUAACCCACAAUGAAAUUCCUUAGCAUUACGAGAAUGGAGCACCCACAUUCUCACAGGUUCAGAAACUGGACAGAUUAUCAUAUAUUCAUCAAAAUCCGAAAACUAUCAGAAGUCUACCGUCAACCAAAUGGGCAAAAUGUAGACUCUACUCUAAUCAUUGAUGUCUGGAACGUUACCCUGUAAUAUAAAAUAUUGUGUUUCUGUAUUAGGAGUACCUCUGGAAUCUCUGAGCACCCCAAUCCCGGAGCUGCUUACUGAGAACCCCCUGGUUACUGGUGUUACGGACCUCUCUGCACAAAGAGUAAAGGCAGAGGUGGAGAACUGGGCCUGGAAUUCCAGCCAACCAGAACGCACGAAUGCCAGUCCAGUACUGUCUGUUAAUGAAAGUGAAGGAGUAACAGAACAGACCAUAUCGAUAGCCGAUACAUUGACAACAGGCAAUAUGGCAACGGAACCCGACAACGCUGCAGUGAGUACUGGAGCUCCUGAGGAGGUUAUCACCGGGCUUGUGAAGACCACAUCCAAUCCCACUCAGACAUUCCCCGAUCAAAACAACAUGGAAAGGGAGGUAACCAGUUCUUUCAACUCCCAGCCCACAUCCACAGCAACACCAACCACCACUCCAACAGCCACCAACAGAGCCGAGGAGACCGCAGGUACGGAGCUUUAUCUUCUCAUCAUUUCUCGAGUGAGGCGGCCUGUGCCUUUAACCAAAAGGACUCAAUGUACUGCAUGUAUGAUUGGGACGAGGUCUUCCGUGAGUUAGUGUAAAGAAAUGCACUAUUUUAUUUUUUUCUGUGGUUCCAUGGAAUUAUAAAAGAUACAGAAUUACGAAUUUAACAUUUAUUUGUUAUUGUUUUGAUAUAUAUCGCAGGUCUAAGGGGCAUCUAGGAGAAUUUUAUCCCCACAUUAUUUUAUUGCAAUCUACAGCCUGGAGUGUCCCUUUAAUAUUAUAAACCCACCCAGUAUAACUAACUGUAACCUAACCUAUACAGUGCACCUAACGUGUGUGGGAGCCUGGCGUGUCCCUUUAAUAAUAUAAACCCACCCAGUAUAACUGUAACCUAACCUACACAGUGCAUCUAACGUGUGUGGGAGCCCGGAGUGUCCUUUUAAUAAUAUAAACUCACCCAGUAUAACUAACUGUAACCUAACCUACACAGUGCAUCUAAUGUGUGUGGGAGCCUGGAGUGUCCCUUUAAUAAUAUAAACCCACCCAGUAUAACUAACUGUAACCUAACCUACACAGUGCAUCUAACGUGUGUGGGAGCCUGGAGUGUCCUUUAAUAAUAUAAACCCACCCAGUAUAACUAACUGUAACCUAACCUACACAGUGCAUCUAAUGUGUGUGGGAGCCUGGAAUGUCCCUUUAAUAAUAUAAACCCACCCAGUAUAACUAACUGUAACCUAACCUACACAGUGCAUCUAACGUGUGUGGGAGCCCGGAGUGUCCUUUUAAUAAUAUAAACUCACCCAGUAUAACUAACUGUAACCUAACCUACACAGUGCAUCUAAUGUGUGUGGGAGCCUGGAAUGUCCCUUUAAUAAUAUAAACCCACCCAGUAUAACUAACUGUAACCUAACCUACACAGUGCACCUAACGUGUGUGGGAGCCUGGAGUGUCCCUUUAAUAAUAUAAACCCACCCAGUAUAACUAACUGUAACCUAACCUACACAGUGCAUCUAACGUGUGUGGGAGCCUGGAGUGUCCCUUUAAUAAUAUAAACCCACCCAGUAUAACUAACUGUAACCUAACCUACACAGUGCACCUAACGUGUGUGGGAGCCUGGAGUGUCCUUUAAUAAUAUAAACCCACCCAGUAUAACUAACUGUAACCUAAACUACACAGUGCAUCUAAUGUGUGUGGGAGCCUGGAGUGUCCCUUUAAUAAUAUAAACCCACCCAGUAUAACUAACUGUAACCUAACCUACACAGUGCACCUAACGUGUGUGGGAGCCUGGGGUGUCCCUUUAAUAAUAUAAACCCACCCAGUGUAACUAACUGUAACCUAACCUACACAGUGCAUCUAACGUGUGUGGGAGCCUGGAGUGUCCCUUUAAUAAUAUAAACCCACCCAGUAUAACUAACUGUAACCUAACCUACACAGUGCAUCUAACGUGUGAGGGAGCCUGGAGUGUCCCUUUAAUAAAAUAAACCCACCCAGUACAACUAACUGUAACCUAACCUACACAGUGCAUUUAACGUGUGUGGGAGCCUGGAGUGUCCCUUUAAUAAUAUAAACCCACCCGGUAUAACUAACUGUAACCUAACCUACACAGUGCACCUAACAUGUGUGGGAGCCUGGAGUGUCCCUUUAAUAAUAUAAACCCACCCAGAAUAACUGUAACCUAACCUACACGGUGCAUCUAACGUGUGAGGGAGCCUGGAGUGUCCCUUUAAUAAUAUAUACCCAGCCAGUAUAACUAACUGUAACCUAACCUACACAGUGCACCUAACGUGUGUGGGAGCCUGGAGUGUCCCUUUAAUAAUAUAAACCCACCCAGUAUAACUAACUGUAAGCUAACCUACACAGUGCAUCUAACGUGUGUGGGAGCCUGGAGUGUCCCUUUAAUAAUAUAAACCCACCCAGUAUAACUAACUGUAACCACAGUGCAUCUAACGUGUGGGAGCCUGGAGUGUCCCUUUAAUAAUAUAAACCCACCCAGUAUAACUAACUGUAACCUAACCUACACAGUGCACCUAACGUGUGUGGGAGUAUGGAGUGUCCCUUUAAUAAUAUAAACCCACCCGGUAUAACUAGAUGCACUGUGUAGGUUAUAUUACAGUUAACGUGUGGGAGUCUGGAGAGGCAAGUUUCCUCUCAUAAUGGCAAUUCAGAUAUAUCAGACCAUUUCUAGAAAUGAUGUGACUUUGCUCGGUGUCUUAAAUCAGAGACCACGACUCUGUCUGUUAUUUUCCAAACUGAGUUGAUAUUUUGUGUACCAGUUCUUGUAUAUAUUGGCCUCAUGGUCGGCAGCAAACCAUCUGAUAUUGUUGACAUUCCCCUCAUUAUUUCACCCAUCAGAGACCGUGAAAAGCCACACUGAGAUGCCUCUCACCACUCCCGAGCCACCAACAGAACAAUCCGAGUCUAACAGUGACACAUUCACAGUUAUCACGCAGGGUACAGUGACGACAGCCACACCAAUGGCCGCCAUCACCACAAACGUGUUCAUAGCCUCCAGGGCAACCACAGCAAGUCCCACCAGUCCUGCCACCCAGGGCACCAGGGCUGCCCACACAACACGAUCAGAGGUUGAGGAGCAUCCGUCUGUACUGAAUGUGGGAGAUGAUGAUAGAGGUGAGUGUCAUGUCUAGAGUAAUCGUAAUACAUGUUAUUUAAACUUUUUAUUGAGAAAAGAUUCCCAGCUAAGUCCAGUAUGAUGUUGUUAUUCAUUAAACGCACAGCUCAGGGCAUUCACACAUAUUAGCGAUCCCCUGCAAUAUCUAAUGAGCUUCUCAUCAUAAUUUUCCUGUUUUUAUUCUGUCUUGCGGUGUUUGGACUUGUGUACGGGCUCUAACUAAAUACCGAAGUAGGAAAUGGCCACUGGUGUCUAUUUUAGACCCAACAGAUGUGUAGUCAUACUGCAUUGUAGAGGAAGUAUAUUGGUUAUUUACCCAAGUCUUAAUUGUCAGAAAUUCAAAUUUGAGGCUAACAAUAAUGGAACUGAAGUCUUCACUAAUGAGGAGAAUUCAUCCAUUUUAAGUAGUGUGUCCUAACGUUUGAGGUUUACUUUGAAUUCCCAGCAAUUCAUACUUUAGUAAAUAUCCCACCCCCGAAUGUUAUCUCACCACUGCUUCACUAGAUUGGAGACUGUCAGAAUUAGAAAUAUUAGGUGAGUUGGCUAAUAUUUCCAGUUCCUCGCUUAUUUAAUAAUCUUGACAGAAAAUAGACAGAUUUGUAAAUUUUAAGCAAAAUAGAUUUAUAUUUAGUCAUAAUUUGUAACAAUGUUAUUACCUUUUGUAUUUUGACCAAACAUUUAGUGAUUAAAAAACAAAUGUUUGUAUUAAUAUCUGUUUUUGGGAGAUGGCACUGUCAUUGGCACCUAAUUCCGCAUUGCUGAACCGCGCUCUAGAACACAGCUGAUUGUAAUGUCCUAUCCUUUCCCAGAUCUGCCAGGUUUCUACUCCAAAAGUAAUUCCAAUCCACUCUUUGUGAUGAUUGUGUCUGUAUUUACCAUAAUGGUCGUCAUGGUUGUUGUCAUUGUGGGGUUUCACCGUUACCGGCGGAGGAACAGCCGAACCGAAUUUAGACGACUGCAAGAUCUCCCGAUGGUGAGUGAUCCCCAACAUGCAUUGUGUGUGAGAAACCGUAAGGUCACAUUAUGGAAGGUGUCCAAAAUGAACUCCUAAGGACACUCUGCAUCACAUCAUGGACAAGGCUAGGCAGAAGUGUUGCACAGUGCCCCCUAGGAGUUGUUGGAUUUCAAAUUCUAUAAUUCUCUGCAACCCAGCUAUGAGUUAAGAUUCCAGCAAUAGCUAGUGUGAGAGUUUAACUCCCCCUGCAAUACAGUACUCCUGGAAUAACAACUGUGCAGUAGACAUUUACUAAAUAUAUGCUAGUGAUCGACCAAUUAUCGGCCAAUAUUUGGUAUUUUUGGCAAUAUUGGUAUCGGCCUAUAGAGAUACCGAUAUUGCCGAUAAUACAUACCAGGACCGCUGGGCCCAUGACAAGCCUGGGGGGCCUGCAGCAAGCUCUUACCUUCCCAGCAGCUCCCCUGUCUAAAUCUCUCGAGUCCUGCGGCCGUCAGAGCGUUGCCACGGGUUACCAUGGCAACACAGCGCGCUGGGCGCAAGUGUUAGACAGGUGAGCUGAAGGGAGCUGCUGGGAAGGUAAGUAAGAGCUUGCUGCGGGCCCCCAGUGCACAGUCCAUGCCAUAUCCCCUUCCUUGGCCAAGUAAGAAGCAAGGAAUGGGGACAAAAAAAAAAUAUUUAAAAUAAAAAUGCCCCCCUUUUACACACAUUACAUACCUACACAAACACACACACUGUAUUAUAUAAACACACACACUGCAUUCAUUAUAUACACACGCACUACACAAACACACUGCAUUCACUACACAAAAACACUGCAUUCACUUUACACGCACUACACAAACACACUGCAUUCACAACACACACUACACAAACACACUGCAUUCACUACACACACUGUAUUAUAUAAACACACAACAAACACACUGCAUUCAUUAUAUAUACACACUGCGCACACACUGCAUUCACUUUACGCGCACUACACAAACACACACUCUGUAUUCAUUAUAUACAAACACGCACUGCAUUCACUAAUCAAAUACUCUCACUGCAUCCACUACACACACACAUAUUUUUGAAAACAUAAAAUUCGGACUGGCAUGUAUAUUUUUGUGCAUUUACCGUAAUAAAAAAAAAUAAUAAACACAUUCAGUUUACAGUAGAUUUGUGUAGAAAGUUUUUUUUUUUUUGGUAAAUGUACAGAAUAUCGGUAUCGGCUCUAAAAAAUCAAUAUCAGUCCACCCCUAAUAUAUGCUGUUCGAUUUGACCUAAAGGGGCUCUAAUACGUAAAAUUAGAUGGUCCCACAGUAAUCUGCAACUAAAUUUAUUCUAUACUUUAGGUAAAGUGAACAGGUUUCAUAUGUACAGACUAUCGGAUGCUGGUAGCAAAAAAUGUGCCACUAGGUCUAGGAAGUCAGUUGGUUUACCCAGCAUCCUCUCUGGUCGUCACAAAAUGGUCUGUGCGAUGGGUUAGUGUUUUCUUGACAUAGUCCCUUUAAGAUCAGGCUAUCGCGGAGGAUUCCAAGUGCAGCAGCCUGUACCUUUAAUGACGCUACCUUGACAUACAUACCCCUCUCAUCUCAGUAGCCAUUUGAGUCCAAGGCUAUAUUAUAUUAAACGAUAUUAAAGGGUUUAUCUGAGUCACAAUUCAUUAUUGUGUCCUUGUAUCAAAUACAGUAUGAAUGUGAAUUUCUUAUUGUGCAGGUAAUAUGUCACAAACGUUCUUUAAAAUAGACACUGAUUCUUUCUACACAGUCCCUAUUGUUCCUAACCUCCGUUGUCGCUCUCUGUUUGCAGGAUGAUAUGAUGGAGGAUACACCGCUGUCUCUGUACAGUUACUAAGACGGAGGUUGGAAGGGAGCAGGGAGCGUUAUUUUGCACAAGACUAAAAAAAGUUACAAACUAAAAAUAUAAAACCCCAUAUAUUGUGCCCCCAGAGACAACCUGCGUGAAGAGAGGUUUUUCGGAUGCUCCUCUCUCCCCGCCCUUGUCCCCACUGUGCCUUCAGUCUCUGCAGUUUGGACUCAGUCCUCGUAGGUGCCUUGCGAGAGGUUUCCUUGAAACUAAUUCUGCUGACACGACUGACGCAAUUACAAUCCAUGGUGGGCCGUGAAAGUACGACACCAGGCCCCCUAAUACAUAAAAGGUUUAGUAAGAUCCACUUAGCAACAGUGCCCCCUACAGUAAAUGUAUGUUUCCCAAAAGCAUUUUACCAUUAACACUGUUGCUUUGAAGAGACACUGAAAUCCAAAGUAUCUGUGGGAGAAGAACACCACACAUCUAUCUGCAGGAAAUGACAAUUAUUAAGAACUUUCAGGUAUUUUUAAGCAAACAGUCAUACCCAACAGCACUGACCAAGGGCAUCUGCAAGGAAUACAGAGAUCACAGAAAAUGAGCAAAUAUUGCAGGUUUAUCUGAAUAAUCAUCGCAUUUUAUCUGCUACUGCAAUUAUCCCAGAGAGUAAAACACAGCCUGGUCGAGGCCGAGCACCCAAGACACGAACACGGACAUCUUUUCCCACUAAUACUCCAAUCAUGUUUUGGACACAAUGUAUGUUUCGUUCACAGAGCAGUGACUUGUCCUUUAAGCCUAUUUUACGUGCACAGAAAAUACCUUAGGAAAUGGUGCUGCUAUUAACCCUUCCGCUUCUAAGUACAAUAGUAAUUUGUCAGUCCUUCAGCCAGGAAAGGGUUAAUGGUAAUGCACGGUGUUACUAGGUCUUAGUGAUGUGAAGAGUGUGUUGUGUUAGGUUUAUAAUUGCUAGUCUAUAUAGUGCAGAUCUUUAAGAGAUGUUAUUGGUUUUGGCCUACGAAAGGUAGGAGCCAUUUUAGCCGUGGGCAUGUCCCCAGUUACGUAUCGUCCACUUUAACACACUAAGGUUUGUUGUAACACAGCACUGUCUAGGGAUAACCUACCUCUGAUACUGCAGCCUCUAUGGACUAGAACCUCCCCGUAGGCCGGGUUAGGCUUGGCUGAGCGUUGUAAUCCACAGCCCAGAAUAGCCAAUCCUUUGUGUAUCCGAUGCAAUGUUCCCACACUCACGGUUACACUGGCUCCCAUCACAUGUGACACUAUGUCGCUUUCUGUGCUUUGAGGUUACAGGAAACCUUUCAUUAUUCUCACCGCUGCUUCCAGGUAUUUGUGAAAAUUUGGAAACAAAUACUUUACGUUCUAGUUUUCCUACUUCUUCAAAUUAAAGUUUUAUUUUCCCCAAAUUGCUCUUUCAUUUCCGGCAAUAAGUUAUUCACAUAAAGGUGGAUGUUAUUAUCUACAACGGAAGAGCCAACUAUACAAUAUAUCUUCUACAAUAAUGUCAGCAUAGAGAUGAAAACACUGGAUCGUAUGUUCACAUCCACGGCAGACGCAAAGUUCAGGUAAAUUCUGUUAUCGAUAAGGGUUUGAUGAGCAAUUAAAGGGUAAAGUUCUCAAAACUGAGAAAUAUAAAUAAAACUGGAUUGUUCCUGCUGAUUUUUUAUUAACUGAAAACAUUUGUGACUUGGAGAGUUAUUCCAACGUGCCGAUAUUGGCCUAAAAUGUAAUUGGCGCACAGUACCAUAACCACUACAGCCCACUGUCUAUCAGAUACUCUAGAGCCAACUGUCGUGGUUAAUGUCCUGUCACUUUCCCAGUAUACGUUGUCAAACAGUUUAAGAACAGUUUGAUAAUGUACCUGGGUGCCGUCACUGCCUCCCCUGAUGGGAGUAGCUCCUGUAAGUUGCACCGUAGUGGCCAUGGUGCCAGG